CCGGAGGACCUGUAGUCGCAGCUGCUUGCAACCCGCCCGCAGUGCCUUUGAAAGACGGCGGGAGGCAGCCAGCGCCAUGGCCAGCCUCAGCCGCCUGCUGUCCUUGCUGGGCCUACUGCUGUGCGUGGCGGCGAGCCCCCGUCUGUACGCUUCCCGUGCCUCCAACACCGAGAAGCCCAUCAUCGGCGUAUUAAUGCAAGAGUGCUCUACUAAGGCAAUGAAAAACUUGGGAAAAUACUAUAUCGCAGCAUCCUAUGUAAAGUAUCUGGAGUCUGCAGGUGCAAGAGUUGUACCAGUAAGGCCUGAUCUUACAAAUGAAGAAUAUGAAAAGCUUUUCCAAUCUAUUAAUGGGGUCCUUUUCCCUGGAGGAAGUGCUAACAUCAGGGAGUCAGGUUAUGCUCGCGCAGCCAAAACAUUUUACAACCUUGCCAUACAGAGUUUUGAUGAUGGAGACUAUUUUCCUGUGUGGGGUACGUGCCUUGGGUUCCAAGAGCUUUCAUAUCUGGCCAGCGGAGAGUACUUAUUAAUCCACACAAAUACUGAUGGAAUUGCAAUGCCACUGAACUUCACUGGAGGUGUAUUACAGAGCAGAAUGUUCCAGAAUUUUCCUGCUGACUUGUUGCAAUCAUUAGCAAAAGAGCCUUUGACUGCACAUUUCCACAACUGGAGCCUCUCCGUAAAGAAUUUUACAAUGAAUAAAAAAUUGAAGGAGUUUUUCAGUGUAUUAACUACAAAUACUGCAGACAAUAUUGAGUUUAUUUCAACAAUGGAAGGAUACAAGUAUCCAGUGUAUGGUGUCCAGUGGCAUCCAGAGAAACCGCCUUAUGAGUGGAAGGAAUUAGAGGGCCUUUCCCACGCACCUAAUGCUGUGAAGGCUGCAUUUCAUUUUGCAGAGUUCUUUGUUUCUGAAGCUCGGAAAAACAGUCAUCAUUUUAAAUCUGAUGUUGAAGAGAAAGAAGCACUGAUUUAUCAGUUCCAUCCAGUUUACAGUGCAAAUAUUUCUUCAUUUCAACAAAUUUAUGUGUUUAAUUGAAAGCUUUCCAUAUAUUAACAAAAAUUUUGAAUAAAAACAAUUUUGAAAUUGUUUUACUAACAUGAUACUCAUGGUAAUUAUAGAAAGCCACAGAGAUUUCUUUUCUAUCAUGGGACUGGCUCUGAAUCUUCAUUCGGUAUAUUCGACUAUAUCACAUUUGAUAAUUAAUCAGUGAGACAGAUAAAUAAUCUGUGUAUUUCAUGUAAAGGCUUUUUAUCUCAACAUUAGAAAAAAAUAAAUUUAUUGAAAAUACAAUUAUUUUAUUUUUUCUGAUUGGUUCUAGAAAAAAAAAUACCACCCCCUAUCCAGACAAACCAUUCUUGCUGAAGACUCUUGAAACCCUACCCAUAGUUCACUGUGGUAUCUGUCUCCUUUGAGUCUCGGGAGUAUUCACUGUGGUGUGUGUGUUGUGUGUGUGUGUAUACAUACACGUAUAUUUCCCUUUUUGCUGUUUUAGCUCCACAGUGAAGCAGCAUCUUUGUCUUGAAUGUUUUUAUCUCCCAUAAUGUCCGGCACAGUGGGCCCUCAGUAAGUACUUGUGAC